CCCGAACUUACAUCAUCAGUAGAAUGAAAACAGAAUUUCUAAAUAUUUUCAGAAUGGUGAUGUAUUUAAACCUCAAUUUUUCCUUAACAGAUUGUCUUAACAUUCCAUUCUAUUGAUCAGAUAUACUGUGUCAAAAAUUCUCUUUUUGACUUUCAUUCCUACCGCAGCCAUGGCAGCAACAUCCAAUCCUACCCUUACAGUCACACACGUCACCACUGCAACUGCCAUCCUCAACAUUAAUGGAGUCAACUUCCUGACGGAUCCCUUCUUCGGAGCUAUCGAAGGGACAGAAUAUGAUUCCACCGCAGUCUGGGAACAAGUGGACCUGAAAAAGUUCGGGUUUGAAAGCAUUCCACCACCACCACACCUUAUCAACAAGCAAGGACCAGCACUUCAGCUGAAUGAGCUGCCGCCUAUCGAUGCUGUGCUUUUGAGUCAUGAGGAUCACCUUGACAAUUUGGACCCCGAAGGCCGUAAGCUGCUGGAUGGUCGGAAAGUGUUCACCACCGUCGACGGUGCCACCAACUUGCGUCCACGCCCGGGAGUCGUUGGCCUUCGACCUUGGGAAACUGUGACGUCCUGCAUUGGAGGAAAAACGUACCGAAUUACUGGUACCCCUUGCAAACACUUCCCAAUUGGAGAAGUUACCGGCUUCGUCCUAGAGACCGAUUCGUUCGGCCUUGAUGCAUCUGGCAAGCCUAACGCAAUCUAUUUCUCUGGCGAUACCGUGUAUAUCGAUGAGCUUCGAGAGAUUGGAAAGAAAUGGCAUAUUAGUGCAGCCAUUUUCAACCUGGGCAAUGCCACCUUUGACUUCCCAACUGGUCCAAUUCAGAUCACAAUGGACGGUAAACAAGCCGUUGAGCUUGCUCGUGAUAUCGGUGCCGAUGUCAUAGUCCCAAUUCACUUUGAAUCAUGGGAACAUUUCAAGGAGGGCCGGACGGAGUUGGAGGAGGUUUUCGCCCAAGAGGGAUUUUCGGACAAAGUGUGCUGGACAGCUCCUGGAGUUCCCAAAGUUGUUUUUUAACUCUGAAUCUCUGAGAAUUGUGACCCUACGGCCUCAUCUGCGUGCUUUAUGUUUU